GUUCUGCUGGAAAAACCCAACAUCUGGGUUCUGCUGCCUUCGUUCUUGAUUUUCUUGAAUUAAUUAGGGUUUCUCAAUUGCUUUUUUAUCUUUCGCUACUUCUGAUUUUGAUUGUUUGUCUUCGAAUUUUUGUUAGCUUCGCUUUAGGUAUUGGAAUUUUAGGAAUUUAAGGUAUUCAGAGAUGAAUGAAGGAAAAGGGGAGGAUUCCCGUGUCUGAUUAUUUUGGGGGCAAACAUUUGGACUUCUAGAAAAUUCCAUGAAUUUGUUAGACACGGGAGAAUUGGAAUUGGUAGGAAGAGAAUUAGGGCAUUCUCGAGCCAACAUAGGGGAAAUCUCAGAAUCUGAUUCAGCAGCUACUCACUACAACUCAGAAGACAAAUCUCAAAUUGAGCUCAUGCCUCAUCUGCAGCAGAAACCCAAAUGUGGGUUCUGCUGUAGAACCCGAUCUAGUGCACACCCGGGUGUUGGAUCUGGGUGUGCACCACUCAUUAUCCUAAUUGAAACCAAUUUCCUCAUAUGGGGCAGUGAUGAUUACGUUGUUUAUUAGAUAAUAAAUAAAAUGUAUAUAGAUUUAAGGUUUGAUUUUUUUAAAAGUAAUAAAUAUCAAAACUCAAU